AUGCCUGAGAAGCCACUCCCACUCGCAGAUGAAUGGGACGAUGCAGACAGCUAUGUGACUUCUCUUCUGUCAUUUGCUACGUCUUCUGUACUGUGGUCUAAUCUCUGCGGAGGCGUUCAUAUUCUUGAUUUCUUAACGCGGCAACCUGAUCUUUACACUACUGUUGUUCCCCCCGAUUGGCGCGAUUUCUUUGAUCAGCAUGAUAUUGGCAAUAUUCUCGAUCUUCUCUUGAGAGAGGAUAUUACGCAGCUCCGUGGUAAUUCGCACGACGAUGCAGAAAUAGUACACACCUGGCAAAAUGGGCCCAAGCCGCCUCCAAGUUUAGUGGAAUACAUCCACGAUAUUCGACGACAUUCUUUGAGGCGUCAAUUUACAACAAAGGAUGGACGACUACCUGAGUCGCUGCCGCGUAGUAUUGCUGUCGGAAUGAAGCCUAAAAAAAGACACGAAGUUGAACAUUUCUCUCGCUACGUUGCUUCGCUGACAGAAGAUAUCAGUAAGACCAGGGGCGAGGCCAUCUCUCACAUUGUCGAUUUUGGAUCUGGCUUGAACUAUCUAGGAAGAACACUGGCCAGCUCGCCUUACAACAAAGAUAUAAUUGCUGUCGAGCGGAGACAGAAUAAUAUCGUGAGUGCGAGGGGGAAGGAUGUUCAAGCGAAGCUGGCGAAGAAGGUUAUUGUCAUGAGAAAUAAGAAAGAGCAUAAGGCUAGGCUAAAUGGCAGCCGGAAUGAACCGGACCUGGACACGGAAUUGGCCACCGCUGCCACAGGAGAUUUCCAAGAAGAGAUGACGACUAUCGUCGAUAUUGUUAAGGAAACCAGUGCUUUGCCGGACAGCCAAGCAUGCGGGCAGCCUCUUAAUGGUUGUGUACAUUAUGUUGAGCACGAGAUUCAAGAUGGAUACCUUGAGCCCAUAAUUCGGCAUAUAAUUGAACCUUCAGAGCCCAUAGCUGGAGAUGAUAUCCAAGGGCCAGCCAUUAUGCAGACUACGGGAGACGCAGAUCUGUCAGAAAAUGGAUCAUCGCCAUCCAUUUCUUCCUCACGCGUAAUGGUAGUCUCUCUCCACUCUUGCGGGAACCUAGUGCACCAUGGGAUUCGUUCUUUGGUAAUGAACCCGUCUGUUGUCGCCAUCGCUAUGGUCGGCUGUUGCUACAAUCUCAUGACUGAACGUCUUGGCCCAAUGACUUACAAGCUUCCUGUUCUGCGUUCUCUCCAUCCCCGUCUCGAGAAGACUUCCAAAGCAUACGAUCCGCAUGGCUUCCCUAUGUCAAAGCAUAUGGAACAAUACUCCUACGACACCGGGAAUGGGAUCCGUCUUAAUAUCACGUCUAGGAUGAUGGCUGUCCAAGCCCCGUAUAACUGGGGCCCUGAAGAAAGCGAUGCGUUCUUCACACGUCACUUCUACCGUGCAUUGUUACAGCGUAUCCUCGUUGAUUUUGAAGUUGUUUCGGUUCCUGGGUCGGUACAGGAUUCCACUUCAGAUAUGUGUGAUACUCCAGGAACUGCUCUUAUUGUUGGAUCCUUAAGAAAAGCCGCCUUCACCUCCUUCCCCGCGUACGCGCACGCCGCUAUAGCCAAGCUGAUUCGCGACCCCCACUAUGGCGAAUCGAUUCAAGAAAAGCUCGCUGGUAUUUCCGACGAUACAUUAAACGGAUAUGCUGAGAGAUACCAUCAUGCUAAGAAGAAACUUAGUAUUUCUUGGACACUGAUGGCGUUUAGCGCUGGGGUGGCUGAGUCGAUCAUUGUCACGGAUAGAUGGCUGUUUUUGCGCGAGCAGAAGGAGGUCGAAGAUGCGUGGGUUGAGCCUGUGUUUGAAUACGCACACAGCCCGAGAAAUCUGGUGGUAGUUGGAAUCAAAAAAUAA